AUGUCAAAUCCUCCACAAUUGUCACCAUUGCAUGUUUUGGAUUUUUUGAUUGCUGCUUUUUGUCCUGAAGGCUUGAGAAUGGCUGCAGUGGUUAAUAACUUAGAAGAUGCACAUGAACAAAUUGAUAGAGCCAUCUCCACUGCUCUGAAAGAAAGCAAGCCAGUCUACAUUAGCGUCAGUUGCAACUUGGCAGGCAUCCCUCAUCCAACUUUCGACAGAGAGCCCAUUCCAUUUUCAAUCUCACCAAGAUUGAGUAAUGAGAGGGGACUCCAGGCUGCAGUAGAAGCAGCAGCAGCCUUCUUGAACAAAGCAGUGAAGCCAGUCAUGGUUGGAGGCCCAAAGCUGAGAGUUGCAAAAGCUUGUGAUGCAUUCGUUGAAUUGGCUGACGCCUGUGGUUACGCAGUUUCCGUGAUGCCAUCAGCGAAGGGCCUAGUGCCAGAGCACCACCCUCACUUUAUUGGCACUUAUUGGGGUGCAGUUAGCACAGCCUUUUGCUCUGAGAUUGUGGAAUCUGCUGAUGCUUAUAUAUUCGUCGGUCCAAUCUUCAAUGACUACAGUUCAGUUGGAUAUUCACUCUUGCUCAAGAAGGAAAAAGCCAUCAUUGUGCAGCCUGACCGCGUUGUCAUUGGCAACGGACCUGCUUUUGGUUGCGUGCUCAUGAAAGAUUUCCUUCACGAAUUGGCCAAAAAGAUCAAGAAGAAUAACACUGCCCAUGAAAAUUAUCGACGGAUCUUUGUCCCUGAAGGGCUUCCCCUGAAAAGUGAGCCUACUGAGCCAUUAAGGGUCAAUGUACUAUUCCAGCACAUCCAGAAGAUGCUUUCUAGCCAAACAGCUGUGAUUGCUGAGACAGGUGAUUCCUGGUUCAACUGCCAGAAGCUCAAAUUACCAGAAGGAUGUGGAUAUGAGUUUCAAAUGCAAUAUGGCUCCAUUGGGUGGUCCGUUGGUGCUACGCUUGGCUAUGCUCAAUCCGUACCUGAAAAGCGGGUGAUUGCUUGCAUUGGUGAUGGGAGCUUUCAGGUGACUGCCCAAGAUGUGAGUACAAUGAUUCGUUCCAACCAAAAGACUAUCAUCUUCUUGAUUAACAACGGAGGAUACACCAUAGAGGUUGAAAUUCAUGAUGGUCCAUACAAUGUGAUUAAGAACUGGAACUACACUGGAUUAGUGGAUGCACUUUGCAAUGGUGAAGGCAAUUGCUGGACCACAAAGGUAUGCUGUGAAGAGGAACUAGUUAACGCAAUUGAAACAGCAACUGGGGAGAAGAAAGACUGUUUGUGCUUCAUAGAAGUGAUCGUUCACAAAGAUGACACAAGCAAAGAGUUGCUCGAAUGGGGAUCCAGAGUUUCAUCUGCCAAUAGCCGCCCACCAAAUCCUCAGUGAAGAGUGGAAACUACUUCCAAUCCAAGUUAAAUGGAUGGCUUUAUAUCACUAAUUCCUUGAAUUUGGAUAUGACUUGCGCUGGAAUAAAUGGUGCUUUUACCAAAUAUAUGUAAUGGAGUUCAACUUUGCUUAA